UUCUCCAAUCCUAUGUUUUGCUUUCUUCUAUGUUACAAAUUUCAUCUUCUGGUCGAUCAUAAAUAUGGGGAUAUUUAAGACUGUGUACAACCAGUAUCCAGGACCGUGUCGUGUUGUACAAGUGAACGGUUCCGAAGACAUCUCCUUGCUGCCAAGUGGUCAAGCUUUCAUAUCUAGUGGCUUAUGUGAAGUUAUGUCAGGAGCAUUCAAUUGUCAUGGUUCUGCUCAAGAUGGCAGCAUUAUCUUGUUUGACUUUAAUAAGCCUUAUGACAAUACAAGAAGGAUUCAUGUUCUGUCAUCAUCCACCUUUGAUUCUAAAUGUUUAAAUCCUCAUGGUCUCUCCCAUUGGCAAAAUCCUCGGACUGGGGAAGUGUUGCUGUUUGUUAUUAAUCAUUGCCCGGACGGUGAAUCAAUUGAUGUGUUUGAGUGGAUUCCUGAUGAAUACAGUUUGAAACACACUGCAUCAAUUCAACACCCUCUCAUAUCUUCACCCAACGAUUUACUAGCUGUUGGUCCAAACUCUUUCUACUAUACUAACGACCAUUAUUUCAAUUAUCGAGGUUUCAAAAGCCUUGAGAGUUACCUACAGAUUUCAUUUGCCUCGGUUCGUUUCUAUGAUGGUGAUACAAAGGAAGUUACACAAGUAGCUUCAUCACUAUGUUGGCCAAAUGGAAUAGCUGUCUCGCCUGAUGGAAGAUUCCUCUAUAUCACUACAUCAAUUGGUUUAGAGCUGAUUAUCUAUGAACGAAACAAAAUUGACAAUUCACUGCUGCUUGCUCAAGUCAUACGUAUGGCUGAAAGCUGUGACAAUCUGUUUGUGUUGUCGCAGUCAGGGGCUUUAUUGACUGCCUGUCAUCCUCGAAUUGUUGAUGUUAUUGAACAUCUCUACAACAACUUCAGCCACCCAGCUGGUUCUCUAGUACUCAAUAUACAACUUGGGCCAGAAAAUACUGAAAACCAACAGGAGCGAUUUCCUGAUUACCAGAUACAGCAAAUCUACAGCAAUGAUGGAAGACAGCUGAAAGGGUCUAGUGUGGCCGUUUAUCAUGAAGGAAGUAUGCUGGUUGGAUCCAUAAAAGAUAAUCUUCUUUAUUGUCAAGUCAACUCAGUGCAGCUAUGAGUGCAUAUAUAUAUAUAUGUAUGUAGCUAUAGUGUGCAAGUUAUAGAACAUGCUAUAGAACACGAGAAACUGUUUUUAUGAACGCUAUGAAACAUGCACUAUAGAGUCAGAUUAUUAGUCUAAGUUAUAUUAUAUAUUAUUCAACUAUUAAUUAUUGAUUUAGUAGAUGGUACACUAACGUGCAAAUGAAUGAAACACUUACAAGCUUGAAAUCAACGUAGUGAAAGGAAAGUUGUAUACAGCCGCUGUUCAAAAACUCUUCUUAUCAGACA